AUGGACACUAACACAGACUUUCUGACAUGCCUAAUAUGUGGUCAGGUUGGUCAAGGAAAACAUUUCGGAGUCUUCAGUUGUCGAGCAUGUGCAGCGUUUUUCAGAAGAGCAGCUGAUUCAAAAUGGAGUAGAAUGAAAUGUUUGAGUAAACAUUGCAAUGGAAAAUCUUAUCACUGUAAACCAUGUCGUCUGAAACGUUGUUACGAUAUGGGAAUGGAUAUCACAAAAUUCCAACAUGACUGUGAUGGCCGUCAACUGAUUCCCAGCAAUCGAAAACGAAAAAUUCCUGAUAGUAUCGAAAUUGUUCUAGGAAAACCUCACUUUCUCCUCAUGAAUCCAAUGGGAGAAGAGCUCAAAGAGAAGAAACCAUACGUGGAUCUGAGUUUUCUUAUUUCUCAAGCUAGCGAUAUUUUUAAAAUGGGACCUCCAGCUCCUGUUCUGGCAACAAGUUAUUUACAAAAGUUGAAUUAUGGGGAGAGUUGUAUGAGAAGGACUGAAAAUAGAAGGAAGUUGGAUAUGAUAACCAGAAAAGAAGUGGUAAGCUUUUGGGAGUACAAUCUGAUAACAACAGCCAAAUGGUUGACUUAUUUUGACAAGUUCCAGGAGUUAGACCACGAUUUGAAAAUGCAAGUUCUAUUUGCUGUUUGGCAUGUUUGGGGUCGACUAGACAAGUUAAUGGGGACCGCCUUGUACAGAAUUCGUAAUAAAGAAGCGAAUAAGGCGGAUAGGUUGGCAGGAAACGGGAUAAUAACAGAUAUGGUUGAUGUGAAGACAGAUGCAGAGUGGAUGAGCAGUUAUCCGAUUGAAAAGUUGAGAUAUUUUCUCGACGGUGUCCGAAUCAGUGACUUGUUCCCUCUCAUUGAUGAGUUACAAACUUUGGACAUCACAGAAACUGAACUAUCCUUCAUGCUGGCUCACCUAUGUUUCCAAUACGCAGCUAAUCGAUUAGGAGGAAAACUGGCUGACAUUUUGGAAGGAUUCGUAGAAGUUUUAUCGCAAGAUAUCCAUAAAUACUACGUCGAAGAAAAACUGAUGCCCAGAUACGCAGGCCGCUUAUCGAAACUACUGAAGAUUAAUAAAGAGAUACUGGAAAAUGUGAGAGAGUAUAGAAGUCGUGCUCAGGUUGCAAGAGUUUUUGGAGUAUUCAAGUUGAAAUUUUCUCAUCCUGAAAUCUUUCGAGAUACUGGUUAUGUUUGA